CUUUUCUUUUCUGUGGAUCACAUGGACCAUUUUGAAUAUUUUUAGUUUUUUAAUAACAGAAAAUGCCAUAUUCAAAUAAAGAAUCUAUAAUGUACUUAUAAUACAAUGUAGAAUCUCGUCAAAAAUCUUGUUACCUUUAUAAUAUAUUAUACCCUUUUAUAAGCAAUAUUGAAUUAUGAUUGUUUUUUUAUUCUUACUGUUUGUUUGGUGAACCUUAAAAAUUGCAAUUUUGAAAUACUAAUCCUAAUCCUCCUAUAUCACUAGCAUACCAAAAUAUCAAGACCAGAAUUGAAUUCACUACAAGAAGAAGAAGAAAAAAGUAUAACUAACAACUAACCUAAAUUACAUACAUUUCAAAAAAUAAUUAUUUAAUGUGUUUACAAUAAAUUACAAUAUAGGAAUCGAUUAUGAGGAUUACCGACAUCCUUUUUUCCAGAGUUGGAAAAUGGUCAAAACAAUUUUCCAAUCUCCCAGACAGAUAUAUCAAAAGAGCAAUGGAACAAGUUUAUUGGAGAAAUCCUAAAGGAAUCCAGUACAAACCACAUGCAGUAGUACAACGCAAAAAGUAUAAUUUUACAGUGAAUAGACCAUGGACUCUUCAAUUUAGACAAGAUAACGCUUCAGGAACAAUGCAUAAGAAAGUUUGGGUGGAACCCAUAAAAGAAUGGAGUCAUUUUCGAGGAGACAGAGUUGAAAUAUUAGUAGGAAAAGAUAAAGGAAAGCAAGGAAUAAUAAAAGAAAUAAUACAAGAAAGAAAUUGGGUAAUAGUUGAAGGUCUGAAUUGUGAAUUAAAACAAAUAGGCGAUGACAAAGAAUUUCAAGGUGUAUGGGUAAAAUCAGAAAAACCCCUACUGGUGACAUCUGAAAUAGUUUUAGUCGAUCCUUCAGACCUAGCUCCAACCACCAUAGAAUGGAGAUACACAGAUGAGGGAGAACGAGUGAGAGUUUCAACAAGAACUGGGCGUAUUAUACCAAUGCCGCCUUCCAUGGAAGAAACAUAUGAUUAUAAAACAAAAGCCACAUAUAAAGAACAGCCGAAGGAUACAGCCUCUGAUGUUGCUAGUGAAAUUACAUUUAAGCCAGAAUUAAAGACAUUCGAAAUGGAUAUUAUGGAUAAAAUGGGUAUAAAAGAGGACAGAAUUCCACCAAAAUCGUAUUGGUAUUAAAUUAAGUCAUUAAUUUAUAAACAUGUAAAUUUGUUAACUUUUGUUUUAAUAAACAUAUUUUUUUCUA